AGGGGGGGAGGAAGAGAGAGAGGAGGGACUGGUAACUCUCUGCGUGUCUGGAAGGGGGCGAGCUGUCUCCAGACGCAGGUGAUGGGCGUUUCGAGGGCCUGCUAGGAUUUCACUUCGCCGCGAUCUAAGCAAAUAUGCAGAAGUACCGGCUGGUUUAGUGCCGCGAAAGCCGAGGGAGGCGACGCGCCGGAGAGGCGCCUCAACGGCCGGCUGCGAAAGCCCCCUUCCCACCCGCCACCCAAUUUUUCGGAGAGCGAAGGAAGGCGGGAGACAAACCCGACGAGCCUCUCCUGCUCCCCCGUUGCGCCUCUCCCGAGCAGAGCAAGCCGGCGUGCGAAAGAAGGAGAAGCGGUCGAUCGAUCCGUAAAAUAAUACGUUACUAGAGCAGCCGCCGCCGCCCCACCCAGCGCCCGAGCCGGAGAGCACCCCACACCGGUGUGGCGAUUCCUCUGAGGGAUGGUUAUUUUCCCAGCCCAGGGAGGCGGGCUGGGGCUCCUCCUUCUCAGCCCCGUUGAGUUGAAUGCCUGGCGACAGUGUCCGAGACCGCGAUGAGGACCUGGGCAGGAUUUUGGCUCACAGGCUUGUGCUGCUACCUGGCCCUCGUGUCGGCGGAGGAAGCUGCGAUUCCCCAAGAGGUGAUUGAAAGGCUGGCUCACAGUGAGAUUCACAGCAUCCGUGACCUGCAGCGCCUCCUAGAGAUUGACUCCGUAGGAUAUGACGAUGUGUCAGAGACAAACUUGAUAUCGCACAGCAUUCACUCUGCCAAACAUGUGCAAGAAAAUCACCCCAGACCCAUUCGCAGGAAAAGAAGCGUCGAGGAAGCAGUUCCUGCCGUCUGCAAAACACGAACUGUUAUAUACGAGAUACCUCGGAGCCAGAUCGAUCCGACGUCUGCAAACUUUCUGAUAUGGCCCCCAUGCGUGGAGGUGAAGCGCUGCACGGGCUGUUGCAACACCAGCAGUGUGAAGUGCCAGCCGUCGCGGAUACACCACAGAAGUGUCAAGGUGGCAAAAGUGGAAUAUGUUAGAAAAAAGCCAAAAUUAAAAGAAGUCCUGGUGAAGCUAGAAGAACAUAUGGAAUGCACCUGUACAUCAUCGAAUUCUAAUUCAGAUUUUCGAGAAGAAGAAACUGGAAGGCCAAGGGGAAAAGGUAAAAAAUGGAAAAGAAAAAAGUUAAAACCCUCAUAAAAAAUACUGCUGUUCACCAGAUGUAAGGUGAAAAUAAGCUAGAAAACAUUUCUCUCUGGGACACGGAUGUACAUUGUUUGUUACAUUCCUGAACCUACGGUGUAUGGUGCUUUAUUGACUGUAUACUUCAUUCAUUCUCCUGCAUGGGGGGAAAAACUGUCUUAAAAAGAGAGAGAGAGUGAGAGAGAGAGACUUCAGAAGAACAAAGAGACAAUGUACAUUUGUUUAAUAUGACAUCAAAGCAAGUAUUGUAGCACUCUACAAAACAAUACGAAGUUUCCCUGUCCAAAAACAGAAGAGAGAAAAGAUGACGGUGAUGGAGGGAUGCCAGAAGUACUCCAGCAACGUGACAAAAAACAAAACAAAACUAGGUGAAGAGCAGAUUUCCUCUGAGAAGGGCAGUCAAUGGUGCUUCCCCCCUCCCCCAUUUGUUUUUGUCAAGAAAUGUGCCUGCAUUCUUGAUGAAGAUGGAUGGACACUGAUGGACGGACACUGAUGGAGUUUAGGCACACACAACAAAAAGAGCAGGAAUGUAUCAAAUGCCACGGCAGACACUAUAGAAGCAGUGCGAUUUUGCUUGACGGUGUUUUUACGUCUAUACAAAAAAAACCUUCUGGGGCGCCUUAAGUGGAUGUUUUGUUUCUUGUUUUUUUUUUUUUACACCAUAAAGUUAUUAUUAAGCUUUUUUUUUACUCUUUGCCUAGCUUUUUAUUAUCUGUUUGGACUACAUUUACCAAUAACCCAUAUAGAAGACUGCUGUAGCAAUGAUGAAACGGGACACACAGACAAGUAUGGAAUUUCUCCUAGUGGGAUGCAAACUAAUGAGAUGUAUUAAAAUAAAAAUGGUAUACCUAUGCAUAA